CUCCCUCAAUCCAUUGCCCCCUGCUUCCCCCCAAACCUCCCUCCCUACUGCCGAGCCCUAAUCUGUAUGCGCACCCCUCGGUGAGGAUGGGCUGCGGCGCCAGCACACCCGCGGUUGAGGUGGAGGCCAAGGCCAAUGCCAGUGGGCUGCGCCCCAAGGUGCAAGACUUGGACCCUGACUCCUCUGAAGUGCUUGCGCAAGAGACCUUCUUCACGCGCAGCGAAGUUGAGGCGCUUCGCGAGCUGUACGGCAAGCUGUCCAACGAGCUGCACAAGGACAACCUGAUCCACAAGGACGAGUUCAUGUGGGCGCUGUUCAAGGCCAACAAAGACAACCUGUUUGCGGAGCGCGUGUUUGAGCUGUUCGACAUCAAGCAGAACAGCGUGAUCGAGUUUGGCGAGUUUGUGCGCAGCCUGUCGGUGUUCCACCCCAAGGCGCCGUUGCCCGAGAAGGCCAAGUUUGCCUUCCGCAUUUAUGACAUUGGCGGCAACGGGCGUAUCGAGCGCGUGGAGCUCAAGCGCUUCCUGGUGGCGCUCAUGGCCGACAACCCUGACGUGGACCUGGAUGAACAGGCGCUGGACGAAAUUGUGGACCAGACGUUCAACGAGAUGGACCUGACCAAGGAUGGGGUGAUCAACCCCGAGGAGUGGAUGGCGCUAGUGCAUCGCAACCCAGAUGUCAUCUCCUUUAUGACGCUCCCAGUCUUGACGGAGGUGUGCCAGCGGUACCCAACGCCCACCAGGCCUCGCACGCGGGAGCAGUAACGGCGCCACGCUUGCAUGUAGCGGCCCAAGCCCUCAUCUCUCUCAAACCUGCCUCCAGCUGUUGUGAUUGCAGCCGCCUGGGAACCCUUGUGUGCUACCUUCUCUUACUUACGUGACUGCACUGCACGCACUCAACCGAUUGGCGGCCAGCUUGCUCAGCUCUUUUGGUGAUGCUUUUGCACCUCAUCCGUUGUUUUCCCUGACACUUUCCUUGCCCUUCAUGAUGAUCGCAUUAGCCCUUCAGAUGUGCUGCUGCACUGCUUGCUCUAUCUGUUCCCGCUCUGGAUCUGCCGCCGCGGCACUUGUAUCACCGCGUCGACUGUGCUCAUAUCUCAUCAUUCCCAUCAAGUGGAUCUUUUGUAGUUAUCAAAUGCUGUACUGCACGCACCCAGGCUCCAUCUCUGGCCGCCAUAAUGUGCAACACUUGCAAUCACAAGCUUAGUU